UACCGCCCUAGAUUUCUACCCGGACUGUUUGGGGAGGUGCUCUGGUUCUUAUUUCCGGUGGCGGAGAGGUGCCGUUGCCAUGGCAAUUAAAGUAGAGGCCGAGGUCUGUUGAGCUGCAGUGAGAGGAUCGCGGAAUCCGUGGAGAGAAUUGCCUGCGCUUCCUCGUUUGUGAGCUGGAGUUAGAAUGGCCAUCAGUCCAGGAAGAGAUGCAGCUUUCUCCUGUCAGAAGUCAGCACUUUCAGAGAGUCUGCGAACAAAGAAAUUUCCACUAACUGAAGAAGAAAUAUUUUAUAUGAAUUGUAGAGCUGCCUACUUAAGUGUUUUUAAAAGCAGCUUAGAAAACAUUAUUUCUAAAGAACAACUUUACUUGGCUCUACAGCAUGCAGGAAGAAAUCCAUCCCAAAAGACCAUUAAUAAGUAUUGGACUCCUCAAACUGCCAAACUGAAUUUUGAUGAUUUUUGUAUAAUUUUAAGGAAGGAAAAACCUACUUCAAAAGCAGAACUACUAAAAUCAUUUAAGCAAUUAGAUGUAAAUGAUGAUGGCUGUAUUUUGCACGCUGAUCUUUAUAAACUUCUAACAAAGAGAGGGGAGAAGAUGACUCGAGAAGAAGUAAAUGCUGUAACAAGUUUGGCAGAUGUAAAUGCUGAUGGCAAAUUUGAUUACAUCAAGUUUUGUAAAUUAUAUGUGACAACCAAUGAGCAAUGUCUCAAAACUACUGUAGAAAAACUGGAAGUUGACAGUAAACUGAGACGUCAACAGUUUGGAAACCACAUUGAAGAACCUCCUGAAAGGGACCCAUCAUCAGUACCAAAACCAUCACCUAGAAUCAUAAGAAAAACUGAGCAGGAAACAUUCUCAAAUAAAGGUGAUACCAGGAGUUCUUCACUGGCAACAACUAGAAAGUUCAAAACGUCUAUUUCCUUCACAAUUACCAUGGGUGCUAAUAGUAACAGAAACUCAAAGUUAACCGAGCCAAAUUCAAUAAAGGAGUGGCAAUGUGUACAGUCAAAAGGUUGCUUUUUUUUAGAAGAAGAUGGUGAAAUCAUUAGUCAUCAAUAUAGGAUGCAGAUAGCUCAGAGAUCCAUGGUUUAUCUUACAAUUAAACCACUAAACCUGAGUCAAGUUGAAGGAAAACCAUCCCCUUGGUUAUCAACUGAUACUGCCUUGUAUAUUCUUAAGGAAAACGAGAGCCAAGCAAAUCUACAACUCAUGUGUUUUACUGAACUACGAAAUAGAGAAGUGUUUGGGUGGACUGGUGAACUAGGACCUGGAAUUUACUGGUUAAUUCCUUCUACAACUGGCUGUAGGCUGAGGAAAGAAAUAAAACCAGUAACUGAAGAAGCCCAACUUGUAUAUAGAGAUGAAACAGGGGAAUUAUUUCUUACAAAGGAAUUUAGGUCAACUUUAUCAGAUAUAUUUGAAGUAAUUGAUUUGGAUGGAAAUGGUCUUCUUAGCCUUGAAGAAUAUAAUUUUUUUGAAUUGAGAACAAGCGGUGAGAAAUGUGAUGAAGAUGCUUGGGCUGUCUGCCGAGACAAUUUUGAUACAAAGAAGAAUGAACUAACAAGACAGGGCUUUAUGGAUCUCAAUCUGAUGGAAGCCAAUGAUCGAGAAGGAGAUCCUCGUGACCUUUGGGUAACUCUACACUCAAUGGGCUACAAUAAAGCUCUGGAACUGACAGAGGCAUGCCCAUUUGUCAUUGAUAUCUAUGCAGACAAAUGCAAGCCAAGAAUUAAAGCUGUCCAUAUGGAGGCAUGCAGUGGGCAACUCGAGAAGGCCAUUUGUAAAUCUGUCCUUAACAAAGGUGAUGCAAGAGUAAUGGAUGGUUAUGAAAAUAUAAUUGUACAUACUUAUAAGCGUGACACCUGGAUAACAUCAGUUAUUGAAAACAAGUCAGAUAAUAAAGUGAUUAUUCACAUCAACAACGAACUAAGUAAAAACUGCGUAAACAACAGAGGACUCAACAUAUUUGCAGUAGAAGUGGCGCCAAAGUCUACAAUGGUUUGUCAACAUGUAAUGCCUGUGAAUGAACGACAAGAAUGGAUAUAUUAUUGUGUGUAUUCCCUUAUAUCUUAAAUAUUGCUUUCUAUUAGAGACUGUCAGGCUAAGAAUUAUUUCAGGUUUAGUCUUUAUUUGUUGAUCAACUAAAUGCUGAUCAAUUUAACUGAUGUAUAUAAACAAUAAUCUAUUUAAUUUGUAUGUAUUUAUAUUUUAUGCCCGUGUUAUAUACUUUAUUAUUAAAAUAUAAAUAAAUAUAAAAUAUAAAUAAUAA